CUCACAAUGGCAGCCCUCUUCCGCUCCAGCCUCAGACUGCGUCCGGCGACGCGCCUGUCCGCCGUCCGCACCCUCACCACCACGCCGCACCUGCGCGCUGCGGAGAAGCCGUACUUCCCCAAUGAGCCGUCUGCGCCCAAACUGGCCACCGCCAUCCCCGGCCCCAACAACAAGGCCGCCGCUGAGAAGUUGGACAAGGUCUUUGAUGUUCGCAGCUUGAACAUGCUGACCGACUACUACAAGUCGACAGGCAACUACAUUGCCGACCUGGAUGGAAACGUGCUCCUGGAUGUCUAUGCCCAGAUUGCCUCUAUCCCUGUGGGCUACAACAACCCCCACCUCCGCAAGGUGGCCGAGUCUCCCGAGAUGAUCACCGCCCUGAUCAACAGACCGGCCCUGGGCAACUUCCCGUCUCACGACUGGGCUGAGAUCCUGAACACGGGAAUCUUGAAGGCCGCCCCCAAGGGUCUUGACCAGGUGUUCACCGCCAUGGCUGGCUCUGAUGCUAACGAGACUGCCUACAAGGCUGCCUUCAUGUACUACCGCCAGCGCGAGCGUGGUGGUCCCGAGACCGAGUUCACUGAGCAGGAACUGGAGUCCACUAUGAACAACCAGUCUCCCGGAUCGCCCCAGCUGUCUAUCAUGUCUUUCAAGUCCGCCUUCCACGGUCGUCUCUUUGGCAGUCUGUCCACCACUCGCAGCAAGCCCAUCCACAAGCUUGACAUCCCUGCCUUUGACUGGCCCCAGGCUCCUUUCCCCACCCUGAAGUACCCCCUGGAGGAACACGUCCAGGAGAAUGCCCAGGAGGAGCAGCGUUGCCUGCAGGAGACCGAGCGCCUGAUCAAGGAGUGGCACAACCCCGUCGCUGCAGUCGUGGUCGAGCCCAUCCAGUCAGAGGGUGGAGACAACCAUGCCUCCCCCGCCUUCUUCCGUGGUCUCCGGGAGAUCACCAAGCGCAACAAUGUUCUGUUCAUUGUGGAUGAGGUGCAGACUGGUGUGGGUGCUACUGGCAAGUUCUGGGCUCAUGACCACUGGAACCUCGAGACUCCUCCCGACAUGGUGACUUUCUCCAAGAAGGCCCAGACUGCCGGUUACUACUUCGGCAACCCUGCGCUCCGGCCCAACAAGCCUUACCGUCAGUUCAACACUUGGAUGGGUGACCCGGCUCGCGCCCUCAUCUUCCGCGGCAUUAUCGAGGAGAUCGAGCGUCUGAACCUGGUUGAGAACACUGCUGCUACGGGUGACUACCUCUUUGCCGGCCUGGAGCGUCUUGCGAAGCAGUACCCCGGCCACAUCCAGAACCUCCGUGGUAAGGGCCAGGGAACCUUCAUUGCCUGGGACACCCCCAAGCGCGACGAGUUCCUGGGUAAGGCUAAGGGCGUCGGUGUCAACAUUGGAGGAAGCGGCGCGAGCGCUAUUCGCCUGAGGCCCAUGUUGAUCUUCCAGAAGCACCAUGCUGAUAUUCUCCUGGAGAGCGUCGAGAAGAUCAUCCAGCAGCUGUAGAACAGCUUUCUGGUUUUGAAUCUCUUCUUGUGAACUAGUCCUUUUGAUUACGUGCGGCGUUUGAUGGUAUUUUGGGCGGGCGACUUUUGAUGAUGUCUUUUUAGCCGAAGUCAGUGGCAUUUUCUUUUACUAUGAGUUAUGGGUUAGAUGUUCUGUCAUGUAUUGAGCAAAAAGCAAGUGCCGUACAGGGUAAUGUUGAUGCAUGUCUCCGA